AUGGAAGGGAGGCGCAAUUUUAACGACAUAGUUGCAGAGCCACUGACGGAAGACAGCAGUGAAGAUUGUUUCGAAUGGGUUAAGAACUAUCUGAUAUCUGACGAUCUUUGGGAACUGACGAAUAGUAGCGUAAGACCAGACGAAAAUCAGGUGGAAGAUUUUGCUAAAUGGAGAAGAAACAAUGCUGCAGCAUUGCACGUCAUCCGUAUCUCUUGUGGGCAUCCCAAUCACUCGCAUAUAAGAGGGGUCUCUGAAGCCAAAGUUGCAUGGAUACUCUCUAUUAUACCUACUAUACUACUGCGCCAUGCCCUUCUCCCCCAGAUCAAAGAAUUAGGGAUAAGUAUUCUGUACAAGGCCAUAGCGCAGAACAAGUGGUCGGCUGCAAAAGAAUCCAUUGUUCGCCAUCCUGAGGUAUUGGAUGUAGAUUUUGCCACUUCAAUGGGCGAAACACCUGUUCAUGUGGCUGCAAAGUUUGGGCAUCUGGGCAUAGUAGAGGAGUUGGUGAGAUUAGUUCUAGAAGAAUAUCUGGAGAUACGUGAUGCUUAUUAUAACAAUACUCCGCUUGCAAUAGCUGUUUCACAUAGUGAACUCAUCCCAGUUGCAGCAUGCUUGAUCAACAAAAAUAAAAAGGCACUUGCAAUUCCAAGUGAAGAUUGGCAGAUUCCUGUUACCGUGGCUUUUGAUUCUGGCCAUAAGGAAAUGGGACGUUAUCUUUAUUCUGUCACUCCUUUGGAAGUCUUCAAACCAAAAAACCGCACUGUGGGGCCUGCUUUUCUCGCUAACUAUAUUGCCUUGCAUUUGCUCCAACGAUGCACGGAGCUGCUUUUUGCUACUGACUUGGACGAGGAACCAACAAUUCAAAAUAUUGCACUCUAUCUUCCUAAUACUCUUAAGAAAAGAAUGAGGGAAAUAUACAAGAUGAAGGUGCAACAUCCACAAGCAGCUGAAAUUCUAAAUCUAGUUUGUGAAGAUAUGAUAUAUUUGAAUAAAGUAAAGAAGAAUAUGGUUGGAAAAGCAAUGAUUGCUGCAGCUAAAGCAGAGAAUGUUGAGUUUUGUUUGCGAGUAACGAAGGCAAACCCAGAAUUAAUCACGCUAGUCACUUUUGGCUACCCAGACUUGCCCUUUUUCUUCGAUGCUGUUAAAUAUCGUAGAUCUGAGAUUUUCAAUCUCCUCCAUGGUUUUCGCUUUAAGAAUGUGGCGGUGACAUUAGUUGAUCAUGAGAACUUAAAUAACUUGCUGCAUGUGGCAGCCAUGUUAUCUCCUUCUUCCUACCUUAACUGCAUCCCCGGGACCGCAUUGUAG